ACAAACACACUUCUUCGGAAGAACGGUCUUUCUUUUUAACUAAAAUUAGGAGAAUCGUCUUAUCUCCUUUAAUUUUAUCUUUUGCUUUGUCGAGAGCUAUCAACCAGCAAAUCAAAUUAAUGGCAGAACCAAUUGAAGUGGAAAUAGUUGAGGUUUGCAUGGUGGCUCCUCCACCUACAGUCAAUCCAUCCCCGAAGUCUCUUCCUCUCACUUUCUUCGACAUUAGAUGGUUACGUUUCCCACCAUACGAACAUCUCUUUUUCUACGAAAUCCCAACCCCAAACAUUAAUAAAUCUUCUAAUUUUUUCUUCAAAUCCAUUCUUCCGAGACUCAAACACUCUUUGUCUCUCACCCUCCUCCACUUCCUCCCUAUCACCGGGAACCUAACAUGGCCUCCAACUUCCCCAAAUCCCGGCGUCGAAUACUCGGAAAGCGACGCCGUUUCGCUGACCGUGGCCAAAUCCACGGCCGAUUUCUACCGCCUCUCAGGCACCAACGACGUCUUCUGCAAAGCCGCGGAUCACCGUUCUCUGAUCCCCAAGUUGUCAGCAUCCCAUGAGCGAGUCGCGGUUUUGGCGAUUCAAGUCACCGACUUCCCGGACCACGGGUUUUCCAUUGGGAUCACCAUGCAUCACGCGGUCCUCGACGGAAAAAGUUUUCACUUGUUUAUGAAAUCAUGGGCCCACAUAUGCAGAUCACUUGGAUCAGGAGAUCAUAGUGGUGAUGUUCAUCAUGAUCAAUUACCGCCGGAGCUAACACCAGUUUACGACAGAACUCAUAUCAAAGACCCUGCCGAUGUUGGAACGUUCUUAUCAAAUCGGUGGCAAAAUAUGGACGGACCCGAUAAUAGAAGUUUAUUGCCUUGGAAAGGAUCGUAUACAGUUCAACCGGAUUCAGUUCGAGGAACCUUCCAAUUGCCACGAGCGAAAAUAGAAAAGCUAAAGCAAUUGGUAAAUGAUCAAAAACACUGUCCAAUUCGUGCGUCCACAUUUUUAGUAACGUGCGCCUAUACUUGGAUUUGUUUAGUUAAAGCAGAAGAAAUAAGCGACAACGAAAUACCCUUUACAUUCGCCAUGGAUUUAAGGUCUCGCUUGGAGCCUCCAAUACCAGCGACAUAUUUUGGAAACUGCGUUGGCGAAAAUGUCAUCGUCGUUGAAAGAGAAGCCCUGUUGGGAAAAGAAGGACUUUUUGUAGCUGUAAACGCAAUAAGUGAAGCUAUAAAAGGCUUGAAUGAGGGACCUCUAGAUGGAGCUGAGAAUUGGGUUGCGUCGUCUAUUAACGCAGUGAAGACAUUCCCAAGACAGUAUUCCGUUGCAUCAUCGCCUCGGUUUGAGGUUUACGAUACAGAUUUUGGAUGGGGAAAGCCGAGAGAGGUGGAUGUUGUUUCCAUAGAUGGAACGGGAGCAAUAUGUCUGUCAGAAAAUCGAAAUGGGGAGGGGGGAAUUGAGAUCGGAUUGGUUUUGUUAAAACAUCAUAUGGAAGCUUGCGCUUCUUUGUUUGCUGAGGGUCUUGAAUCUCUAAUAAGGAGCAACAGUGGUUAAGUAACUGGGGUUAAGGAAUCCCUCUUUCUUUUUUGUUUGUUUCGGGG